AUGAAUAAAGAAAGCCAAGAUCCAACCUCUGUUCAACCUAAAAGUUCAUCAUCUGAUGAAGAAAACCAAGACGAAGACUACUGUCUAGAAGAACAUCAUGAAGAACAGGAAAAGGGUAAAGAAACUAAGAAAAAUAACAAACGCACUCGAUCUACAUUUGAGACGGGAAGAGCUUUGGGUGGCCACGUGAGAACACACAAAAACAAAGGACCUGCCGAUAAAGAUCGUGUACAGAAGGAGGAAUCGAAGAAUAAGGUUUAUAGUUGUGCUCUUUGCCCAAGAACAUUUGAACGUAAACAGAGUUUGGGGGGCCAUAUGAAGUACCAUUCAAACGAAGAUAAGAAAAUGAAAAGCGCUGUAUCUUCUCUGCUAAUGUUGUCUAAAUCUUAUGAUCAGGAUCCUAAUUUCGAUCGUUAG